UUUAUGGCAUUCGGAAAAUGAAGGAAAAACAUAUGUUGAGUAUUCUGUUGAGCAUUUUCCAUAUCUUGAUUAUCUCAUGUAGUUCCUAUGUUCAGAAAUUUCCACUGUUAAUGCCCAAUGUUCAUCCUGAUAGAGAUGAAUUGUAUCUUUGUACCCCAGCUAAAAUUGUGCCAAACUCAAAUUUUUAUAUUGUGGGCUUUGAACCAAAUGCCACAAUGGACAGGAUACAUCAUAUGAUCUUAUUUGGAUGUACAGAACCUGGAAGCAAUGACCCGUACUGGGAUUGUGGUGAAAUGAGUAUGACAGAAACAAACACUCUGAAAGAAAGGCCUCCUUGUUCCAGUGGAACCCAUGUUAUUUAUGCAUGGGCUCGAGAUGCUAAAGCCCUUACAUUACCAGAGGGAGUAGGUUUUCAGGUUGGAGUGAAUACCUCCAUAAAAUAUUUGGUUAUACAGCUGCAUUAUUCUCAUAAGUUGCCUGGAAAUGAGUUGGAUAAUUCUGGAUUGACUUUGCUGUAUACACAAACACCACUGAAAAAGCUUGCAGGUGUUCUCCUGUUGGGAACAGGAGGUGAAAUUGCUCCCAAAACCAUUACCCAUCUGGAAGUUGAUUGUUCUAUCGAUGAAGGAAAAAUUAUCCAUCCAUUCGCUUACAGAGUUCAUACUCAUAGCCUGGGCCGUGUUGUUUCUGGCUACACAAUCGAUCGUGAUGAGUAUGGAAAAGACCAUUGGACCUUAUUGGGCAAAAGAGAUCCUAUGACACCUCAAAUGUUUUAUCCUGUCUUCAGCAGAAAACCCAUUGGUCCUAAACAAAGAUUGGCAGCCAGGUGUACUAUGGAAAGUUCGAGCAGAGAUUCAUAUACUUCUGUGGGACCUACUAAUCAACAUGAAAUGUGCAACUUCUAUCUCAUGUAUUAUGUUGAAGAUGACUCACCUCUUGAUAGGAAAUAUUGCAUGAGUGAAGGUCCACCAUUUUAUUACUGGAAGAAGAAUUACAAUUUGAACAAUAUACCUGAAUUUGAAGCAUCAGCAUUAUUGGAUCGACCUCCCUUGGUAACUCAUCACUAAAAAGUUGCACGAAUCUAAAAACUUGAAAUGAAUGCUAUGAAUAAUUUUGAACUUCCAAUUAAGUUUUUGAAUAUAUUGCCCUCAAACUUGAGUCAUGAAUCUGCACAGUAUUAAAUGUACUUAAAUAUUUUCAUUUUCAUAAUUUUUUUUUUAGUUUAAAUUGAGACUCAAUUUCAUUCCUUUUUUUACCAGUUUGGUGGUCUCCAGUCUUCCAAAUUUUCUUUCAUUAUUUCAUCAGUUUAUCGGUUUUAUUUAUUUGACCAAAAUAAACAAGAGCGUCGCCAGCUCAACAGGUUUGAGGCUCGUCUUUGUUAAAAUUUGAUGUGAAACACCAUGACCACAAUGCUGAGAUUUAGUUUUGCCCCCCUAGCCCAACAACUAGCGACGCCCUUGAUAUGUACCCAUUGUUAUUUACAUUUGAGACAUUUCGCACAAAUUUGUAGAUUGAAAUUUGAUUCAUAAUGGCAAUGCUUAUUUUCUCUUCAUAUAUAUCAAUAUAUUUUUAUCAAUUACCACUUUCAAAUAUCAUUAGAAACAAAAAUUUUCAUCAAAUUAUAAAAUGAGAUUUUUUGUAAAUUGAAAGUAAAGUAUAGUUUUUGUUUUCACUAAAGUUCCUUAAAAAUUAUAUCUGCUGCAGAAACAUUCCAAAGUAUUAAGAUUGAUUCAAACUAAAUAUUCAUGUACAUGUUAGAAUAGUCGUUUUUAGUUCAGUUUUCAAUUCAGAACACCUUCUAGAAAGUGAAAUUUUAGUUGCUAGUAUGAAAGAUGUACACAAAAAAUAUAACUAUAUAUAUAUUUGGAAACUGACCAAAUGAAAUUUACUGUGAAGUGCAAAAAAAAAUUAAAUUACAUUCGAGUGGUUACUCAAUUAUUUUAAACUAAAUAUUUUUCCAGUUAAUGUUAUCAAACUAUGUAUCUUGAAUAUUUUUUGAGAUCUUUAUUUUUAUGGAUUUGAGAUUACGAUUAAGUGUAGCUUCUAGUCAUGAAUUCCAAUCGUCCAAAUUUUCAAAUUUACUUCUCAGAUUAUUUAAAACGUAAUUUUAUUGUGGUUAUCAAUUUAUGCCAUUCCACAAAUUGAUCUGUUUGUUAUAUACAUAUAUAUAUUUUAUAUUAUUUAGUAUUGAAAUAUUUUUAUUCUGAAAAUUUAUCAAAAAUUGAAUGUGACAUAUUCAAAGGAAAUAAAAUUAGCAAUUUUA